AUGGCCAUUUGGUGGUUGCAAGUACAGUUUCUGGCAAGAGUACUGCUGCUGUCCAUCUGCAUCUGUGUGUGUUCAUCCAGUACUCACACAUGGUUUGCUUGCUCGUCAGCUGCAAGUAGCCUUUUCAUGUGCUGUCUUUGGAUAUCUGGAAUUCAGAAGAAGCCACAAGUUUCGGUCGCCCUCUUCAAGGCGCUCCUGCCAGUCGCGUUGUUCCACACCAUUGGUCAUGUAUCGGCAUGUGUGAGUUUCAGCAAGAUGGCUGUGAGCUUCGCACACAUUGUGAAGUCUGCCGAGCCCAUCUUCUCUGUCGCCCUUUCUGGGCCUUUGCUUGGGGAGGUUUACCCCUUCUACAUCUGGCUGUCAUUGGUACCUAUCGCCUUUGGCUGCUCCCUGGCAGCCAUGAAAGAGAUCAGCUUCUCUUGGCUGGGUUUCAACAAUGCCAUGGUGUCCAAUCUCGGAAUGGUUCUGCGCGGAAUCUACUCUAAAAAGACGCUGGUAGAUUUCAAGAGCAUCGAUGGGAUCAACCUCUUUGGGUUGAUAUCAGUUGUAUCACUGCUGUAUUGCCUACCAGCUGCUGCAUUGGUCGAAGGUGCGCAGUGGUCAUCGGCAUGGAACACUGUGACCAGCAACAUGGGCCCCUCACAGUUGUACCUGCUGCUUGGGACCAGUGGUCUGUUCUACCAUCUCUACAAUCAGGCCUCUUAUAUGGUGCUUGGCCUGGGCAUCACCCCUGUUACCUUCAGUGUGGGGAACGCAAUGAAGCGGGUGGCGGUGGUCGUCUCCAGCGUGCUGUUCUUCAGGAAUCCUGUGAGCUUGUUCAACUGGAUUGGCUCAUCUGUGGCGAUUCUGGGCACGUACCUAUACUCAAUUGCCAAGGGCAAAGCCGCCGCUGACGGAAAGCGGGCUGCUGCUGCUGGCACAUCACAAUGA